AUGGAGUCCAAUGCUGAGCAAUUGAUUCACCGGUGGUUGGAAAAGGUCUCGGAAGGCCCUCCACCGGAGCCGCACUGUGAUCGCUUGGAUACCACAGAUUUAGACCUCCAUGGGGGCCUUCCCAUUGCUCUCGAGCCAACUGAUACUGGCGCAGUCAUUCGUUGGCCAAGAAUCAACAAACGACAUCGAGAAGGAGACCCAGACUCUGGACAACAGAUACUCCAGCAGAGCACGGGCAAUCAGUACUCGAAAAGACCACGACGGAAGACUCGAGAAGACAAAUAUGAGUACAAGCGGCCAGGGUCUCCGAAGAAACGAGUUGCGCGAUCACACAAGGACAAAGUGAAACGGACGCGGACGAGUAGAAAGCAUACGAUAAGCGAUGCGUUUCAUGCAUCUAACGUUGCUCGAGAGAGGCUCACACUUCACAAUACUAUGAACAUGGGUAUAUUUAGUAAAGGGAAAGCGUCAUCUCCGAUCAAAAUCUGUGAUGUUCCUAAAAUUUCCUUCUCUGAAACUCAAUUUCUGACUCGGCAAGAUCGAGGGCCAUUAGAGACAGGGACGGGUACGGGUAUGGCUUUUGACAAGUCCCCUCUGCAGAAGAAGCUGAGUGGUCAACAUCCACGCCCGAAGACCUCACAUUAUUUCUUCCGUGAGCCCCCAAAGCUGGCGAGCAACGAGCCACCACUUGUCUACCACGAAGAGUCACCACUGCACACCACCCUCGGAGAUCAACUGUAUCCCUCAAAGUCACAAGGUAUUGUUCCAUCUCCUUCGACGGCAGCACCUGCUGCUCAAGACAGGCUUCAUGAUUUGCAGAGCCAAUUACCACCACACUCUGUUGAGAGAUCUCACUCUCCAACACCUUAUUCUUGGUCUAUCAGUGAUAGGCGGGGGUCACAGCAAAGCAGAGAGGUUGAGGAUCGGCUGCUGAAGAUUCUACAUACCGGUCUAUCUCCACGACAACUUGCAAAUUCUAGAGACUCUGGAGGCUCCAGAAGCGGAUACUGCACUAUUCAGGAUCUGAGGAGUCUUCUCGAAAGUCAAAAGGCCUAUUGGCAAACACAGACGAGUCCGGAGAUCCAGUCCCUUGAUGGAGUUACGACCCAUCUUGCUAAUCGCGAGUCGAGUGUGAUGGUGACCGGCACUGUGCAAAGCCCCAUAAAACCCGCUUUGUCGCAGUUCAAGGACUCAGAGACCGGUCCAAGGAGUAAUAACAGGGCAACCAACCAUGAAAAGCCCUUGGAUGAACUAUUUCGCAGCCCGCAGCCCAAUCAGCUUCACAGCCACGAGGGCAAUGUGUCAGAGAAGGAUUUCCUGGCAUCCCAACCGCCUCUUCCAGCUCGCGUUGGCGCAGAGUCAGUGGAACCGGGUGCUGAGGACGACUUUAUAUUUUUCCAGGAACUCGAUGCAGCAUAUUGCGCUAUACUCGAGCCGAAGGGUGCAAACGAUGGCCCUUUGGGACAAACAUCAAUGGUGGAGAAUGAACCACAUCGACCACAAGUGCAACAUACACAGAGGGAAGACCAUCUUUCCCAUCAAAAAAGACAUCUAUCGCUUUCCGUUCUCUUCUUCCACCAGAAGAUUUGGGAGCGUGUCCUCGAAACAACUCCACAAUAUCGAGACCCUCGGAACUCAUCUCGUCUCUCUUGGCACCUGUUCCUCUAG